GUUCUGAAAAGUAAUAUAAUAAAAAGAGUUAAGAAGUAUGCCGUCGUGCUCGCCACUGCGAUACGCUCACAGUGAGGGAUUAACGAGUCUUUGUUAUGAUGAUAAGGGAAAAUAUAUUUUGACAUGUGGCUCUGAUGGAGAUGUUAGAAUCUGGGAAGGGGCUGAGGAUGACGAUGCCAUCUCGCAUCGCACUGGCGACAAAGCCUUCAGUGUCGCAUUCAAGAAUAACAAGUUUUAUGUUGCCACUGAUGCAAACACAGUACAAGCAUUCACUUUUCCUGAUGGUUCUACUGAUGGCAUUGUGGCCAGAUUCACCGCCCCUGUCAACCACAUCAUUGUAAACCAGUUGGGAACAACAUUGAUAGCAGGGUCAAGUGACUUCACAAUCAAAAUUAUCAACAUUGCAACUGGGGACACUAAGAAAUUUGAGGGACAUAAGGCCCCUGUGAUGAGUGUGGCCUUGGACCCCAAGGAGGAGUUUCUGGCCUCUGCCAGUUGCGAUGGAAGUGUGCUAAUAUGGAAAGUGGAAAAUCGAGAAAAAGUGAAAAAUUUGCAAAUUCUUCCAAAAGUUGGUGACGUUAGCUUGACCAAGGGAUGGUGCAGGUUAUGUUGGGAGAAGAAUGGAAAGUUUCUGUAUGUUCCCAUGGAGAAAGAAAUUCAUAUCUAUGACAGAGGUUCCUGGACAAAAUCUGGAUCUUUACAGGACAGUCAGUUUUCAGGGGUGUAUUCAGUGUUAGAUGUCUCACCUGAAGGAGAUUACCUGGCAGCGGGAUGUUACGACGGACAAAUUCUAAUUUAUAACCUACAAACCAAAGCCUGUGUGGAUAGAUUCAAACAUGAGAGUGGACUGUCUAUAAUGUCCUUGGCUUGGAAUCCGAGCAAUCGGACAGAAAUAGCAUUCUGUGAUAGAGAAGGCCAGCUUGGACUUCUCAGUGAAAUUGAGCUUAAAGGAGGAAACCAGCCUGCUGGGGAACUACGUGUGAAGGAAACCAUGGGGAUCUUUGAAGAUGACGAUGACACAGAUUUAGUCCUGGCUACACAGGAACAGAGUAAAGGGGAGGAUUUUAAUGAAGACAGCAAUGAUUCAGCCCCCAUCAGUGCCCUCAAACCUCUAGAUGAUGAUUUGAUCUCAGAAGAUGGUGAAGUACAGCCAGUGACACCAGCACCAGUAGUGAUAGAGAGACCAGGUUUCACACCAACACGCCCACAACCAGCCUUCCAGCCUGGAUCCACCCCUGCCCAUCUGUCCAGCAGAUUCAUGAUGUGGAAUGCAGUUGGGAUCAUUAAACAGUUUAAUACAGAAGAGGAGGAGUCCAUAGACAUUGAGUUCCACAAUACCGCGGUACAUCAUGCCAUGCAUUUGACAAACUCAGCAGGUUAUACAAUGGCUGAUGUCUCCACAGAGGCUGUGGUGCUUGCCUGUCCGAGCGAUGAUUCAGCACCAAGUAAGUUGACUUGUAUGCACUUUGGAUCCUGGGAUAAUUCUAAAGAGUGGAGCAUUCCUAUGGAUGAUGGAGAAGAAAUAAUGUCAGUGACAGUUGGAGAGGACUGGAUUGCAGUGGCUACUUCAGAAAGGUCUGUGAGAAUCUUUUCACUGGGAGGCCUACAGAGGGACAUUUUCUCCAUCCCUGGCCCAGUGGUGUGCCUCUCAGCUCACACAAAUCAGCUGCUUAUUGUCUACCACAGAGGAAUGGGUUUGCCAGGAGACCAGUGUCUUGGUGUACACCUUAUGACAGUGGAGGGUGCCACUCAGAUAAAUCAUCAACCACUGCCUUUGUCUGGCCAAAGCACACUGACAUGGAUGGGGUUUUCAGCUGAGGGUACUCCGUUUUAUAUGGAUUCAGACGGAAUUGUUAGAAUGUGUAACAGGAAAUUUGGGAUGAGUUGGGUACAAGUAGCUGACACCAAAUCACAUACAAAAGGGAAGUCAGACAAUUAUUGGAUUGUUAGUGUUCACGAAAACCCCCAGCAACUGAGGUGUAUACCGUGUAAGGGGUCGCGGUUUCCCCCUGUCCUCCCCCGCCCCGCAGUGGCUAUCCUCCCUUUCCAGCUGCCACUCUGUCAGAUGAGUACAGAGAAGAGCCAGUAUGAGGAAAUAUUACACAGAACACAGCUGCUUAGCAACCAUUUACAAUUCUGGGAUACUAUUGGAUAUGAAUAUGACACAUCAAUAGCCAACGAACUAGCUAAACCAUCUCAAGAAGCUCUAAUGAAACUCUUUGCUCUGUCAGCUAGGUCAGAGCGUGAAUUCCGUGCGUUAGAGGUAUGCGAGAUGAUGUCAGAACCCCACACCCUACAGCUGGCCAUCAAGUAUGCUUGUCGUCUUAAGUACAUGCAGCUGGCAGAACGCAUCAGUGAAGUGGUACAGAGGAAGUCAGCCGAACAACAGGAAGAGGAAGAAGAAGAAGUGAUUGAAAGAGUUCAAAGAGUUGCACAUAGUCACCAGAACCAUGUACAGGAAGAUGAAGAAAUGGAAGAAAAUGAUGUGGAAGUAGAUCAAGAAAAUACAGACUCACAAAGUGCUAAUGGACCCAUGUUAAAUUUGAAACCUAGAGGGAAGGCCGAAAUGCUAUCUCAAUCCUAUAGCUCCUCGGGAAGAUCAAAUCCAUUUAAGGUACUUACACCACAGAAACCAGAACCCACUAAAGGCACACAGGUCUUUGAUAGCAUGUCUAAAAAGAAACAGACUAGCCCAGGUCAGGUGACUCUGAAAAAUACCAGACCAGUAAAAGCUGUCAAAAGGACUCCUCAAAAUCAAGGGAAGAUAACUGCUGUGAAGACUUCAAAAGAUGAGACCAGUAAAGAAGAUAGCCAGAAAAAACCUAAGAGUGCCUUUGAUUUAUGGUUUGAGGAAGUUAAGUCGGAUCUCGCUGAGGAAUUCCCAGAUGUUGAUGAAGAUAAUUUGGUGCAGUCGGCAGCAGAGAGAUUUCGUAAAAUUCCCAAAGAAGAAAGACAGGUAUGGAUCCAGAAAUCAAAAGAAGGUGAUAACAAGAAGAGGAAACGAGAAGAGGACGAUACUCCCUCCAGAAAGGUUAACCCCAAGCUGGCAGGCUUCGCUUUCUCUAAAGAUUAACAAUGGAAAUCUCUCUUCUAUAGUUUUAUAUCCUAUUUAUUAUUUGAAAAUUUUUAUAUAAAACAUGUGCAAUCAAUACAUGAUGGUAAAUCAAGCACAAAAUGGCCAUUAAUGAUUUUUUUUUUUUUUUGCAUGUCAAGUUCUGUCAGACAUGCAUAGGUAUUGUUGAAGUAUGGAUUUUUGCAUAUGAUAUGCAAUUAAAAUUUUACAAUAUCUAUCAGGAAAGCCAGUUUUACAAUGCUACUAUUGAACAAUUGUAAGACAUUUUUAUGGUCUACCUGUAUUUGGUGUUGCAUUGAAACAGUACAAUGAACCGAUUCAUGUAUUGGUAUUACAUAAAAACAGUAUUGAGUUUUUCUUCACAAGUAUAAAGCUGAUACUGUGUAAACACUAAAUGUAAUUAAAAAAGGAUAGAACAAAAAUACUUAUAGCCUUAAAUGAAUAGUUGUAUUUUACUGCUGAGUCGACAAGCAAGUGUUUUCAUUGCAAUGUCAUGGAUUUACGGUGAUGUAUAUUCAAAAGUAUAAAUGGUCAGUGUUAAGGAUUCCUAUCACUAUUAAAGGCAACAUUUUCAA